AUGAGAUUAAACUUCAUACAGUAUUUUGUGUUCUCAAUUCUUGUCUCUUUGGUUCAGGGGAAGGAUUUUUACGAUGUCUUGGGAGUGAGCAAAAGUGCUAGCGAAAGAGAAAUCAAAUCGGCCUACAGACAACUUAGUAAGCAGUACCAUCCUGAUAAAAACCAGUCACCCGAAGCUCAUGAUAUUUUUGUUGAGAUAGGUGAAGCCUAUGAGGUAUUGUCUAAUCAAGAGAAAAAGAGGAACUAUGACCAGUACGGAGACCCCAAUGGGCCACAACAGCCCCAGUUCGGAGGUGAUGGAUUCUUCAAUCAAUUCUUUGGUGGACACCAGCAGCAACAGCAGCGUCAAGGCGGGAGCGGAAGACCAAGAGGUGAGAACGCUCAGCUAGCCUUGGACAUCUCCUUGGUUGAUUUCUAUAGAGGUAAACUGGUUGAUUUCGACGUGGAAAUGUGGAACAUCUGUACCGAAUGUGUUGGUACUGGGCUGGAGGACCAGCAGAAGCAUACAUGUGGUAAGUGUAACGGUGAAGGUAUAAUCAACAUUAGAAGACAAUUGGCGCCCGGAAUGAUCCAACAAGUGAGAUCUUACUGUGACGAAUGUGGCGGUACAGGAUCCAAGAUAACCAAUCACUGUAAACAUUGUGAAGGUAAGGGAAUCCGUAAAGUAGGUAGGAGCUAUAAUGUUCAUUUGGGCGCUGGAUUCCCCAGAAAUGGACAACAGGUUCUUCAUGGCGAAGGUGAUGAAAACCCAGAUACUGACCCUGGUGAUUUGGUUAUUAACAUGAGAGAAACAUUGAAGAACAGUUGGGGUUACCGCCGUGUGGGUGACAAUUUGUACAGAGAAGAAGUGUUAACCAUCAAGGAGGCACUUUUGGGAGGAUGGGAAAGACAUAUACCAUUUUUCGACACCAUCGACACGGAGUUGACUAUAUCCAGAGGUGUUAAUGAAAUGAUCAUGAAUGGGGAAGUUGAGAUUUUGCAUGGCAAGGGUAUGCCUAUUUACAAUGCUGAUGGGUUAGGUGACGAUGAUAAUCACGGAGAUUUAUUUAUUGAGUAUAAAAUAGUAAUGCCAGGCGGAGGGGAAAAGGCAGCGGGCGAAAAGUUGAAGGAGAUACUAAGAGACGAGUUGUAA